AUGGAAAACAACAAUGGCGGCGAAGGAUCUCAAGAUGGUGAAGUGGAGGCAAUGAAGGCAUAUGAAGCCACCCAUGAUGAAAGUGAAUAUGGUGCUGAGAUCUUUGAGCAUAAUGUCGGCUCUUCUGCUCUUAUAGACAAGAUAUCAUCGGAGGGCGAACGCUUGAAGAACUUGAAAUGCCGAACUUUGAUACUCGUUGGGGAACACUCUUCUUUACAUUAUGAGGCCCUCCACAUGACAUCAAAGUUAGAUAGGAGAUUAAGCGCCUUGGUAGAGGUUCAAGGAUGCGUAUCGUUGGUUACUGAAGAACAGCCGGAUGCGAUGUUGAUACCAUUGGAAUAUUUUCUCAUGGGUUUCGGCUUCUACAGGCCGUCAAAAUCCAGUGUCAGCCUGAGAAGCCCGUUGAGCCCGACUAGCAUCUCACCCCAACUUUUUUCACCGGAAAGCAUGGGGCUGAAGUUAAAGCCAAUCAAAACAAGGAUCCAGGAAGAAGUGUGA